GUGGAAGAAAAUCACGGCCAUGGUAUUACGAUUUCAUCCCUGAUGGGUUACGUUCGUCUAAUGAACGUGAUUGCUCUGAAAAAUGGUGGCAACGGAGCUCGAGUCCGGUUUUUGUCCGGACCACAGUACCACUGGCCUGAAGAGACUCCGGAAUUGGUUCAUCAAGCCCAGUGGCUAUGUCGUCCGGGCGCGAUCCCCGCAAGUCCGGUCUUUCCUUUCCUCGUUGUUGCCGAGAUUCCCGUCGCCACGUUUCAAUCAGUCGGGGAAUGUGAACUGAUUGUUUCAUCUGACCAGCCGGGUCAAGUACUCACUAUCACUUUGUUCGAAAUACUCUAUGAUCCAAUGGCCACUGGCUACCUGGAAUUGUGGGACAUGUUAAGUGAUGAACGAAUUGCUUUGUGGGCCAUCAACAAUCGAACAAUCGGGGAUGACGGUCAGCGAACACAUCGUGUCCUCAGGGUGAAUUCUGCUCAACUGUACCAGGGCGUGUCGUCGGUCAAAAAUACCGUGCGUAUUCGAUUCGCCUGGCAGAAAAACCCGGAUCAGGCAAUUUGUUCCCAAUUUGCCGGCUGUCUACGAGCCGUAAUGCAAAUUGGCGUGGGUGAUACACUCCUGCCGGAGCUCCAUGUUGAAGAGUCCGCCUUUGUCGACAAUAUGCAGCAUGGCCUACUUGUGGAACGACCUUGGUCUUACGUGCGAAUCGUUCGUUCCGACUUUGUUGGAAAUCAGUACGCAGCUGGUUUGAAAGUAGUCAAUGGAUCAGCUGAUCUUUUUGUACACAACUGCACGUUCGCAGAAAAUGAGCAGACCGGGCUAAAUGUGAGCACAAUCGGUGGAUUCAAACAGAUCAACCAAUCCGUUUUCGACGGAAAUCGAGGUCAUGGUCUGAGUGUGUGGAAUCCGGAUACGGCCACAGAACGCCGGUCGAACGAACCUAUUCGUGUACAUGUGCACACCACCGAAUUUCACGAAAAUUGGUGGGAUGGAAUUCAGUUCUACAAUUCCUGUUCGGACAUGCACAUACUCGUGAAUUUCUCCACAUUUAAAAGAAACGGAGCCAGUGGGAUCCGGACUUAUUCGUGCGUGUAUGGUGAAAAGGAGGUAUGA